AAACAAUAAUAUAAAUCACCAUCAUCAUCAUGAUGAUGGAAUUUAAUUUUCAAAUUCAAAAUUGAAAUUGUCAAUAUGUCAAUAUUUCUUGGUGUUUGUGUUGUUUGUGGUCCAUAAUUUGCUAUAGUGACGACAACAUUAAAAAUUUCAUUCAUAGACUCCAUGAAUUUGAUUUGCGUAUUUAGCAUCUAGUUAUAAAUUGACAAAAAACUGGAAAAAUUGGCCAAUUCAACCUUGGCCAAUAUUUAUUCAUCAUCCAUCCGUCAAACAUCUCAUUAUCUGAACUGAAAAUGUGAAAAUUGAAGAAAUAUAACUUUGACAUUUAUUAUGGAACAACAGCUACAAGGAAACAACAAUAACAAAGUAUCUUGAUCAUUAUAAAAAGAAAACCAAAGAUUUGUAUCCUGUCAACCAGAAAAAAAUAGUGAAUUCAACAUUUACAAUCGAUAAAACAUCACAACAACAACAACAACAUGAGUCAUGACAGUUAUUUGAAUGGAUGGCUUGCUCUGAAACAAAACAAAAUUUACGCGUAUGCCAAGUCGAUGAAUACGUGGUAUAAUUUUCUGAAAUUAUAAAUUUUGUGCCAAAAUUUUUGGAUUUAUUUCUCCAAUCUGGUCAUUUGUGUUCCGAAAUUCCGUUUUGUCGAUAAAGGUCAUCAUCAUCAUCAUAACGUUUUGUGAAUGGUGUUUCUAUCGUCAAGAAUUUUUCUUUAUCUGAGUGUAUGUGUUUUUGUAACGAAGGAAAAACGAAAUUAUUCUGAAAAAAUCGAUCAUAUCGAUUGAAUCAAUUCGACAUUUUCAUUUUCAUUUUCAUCAUCAUCAUCAUCAUUUUCAACGACAAUCAAACUCUUUCUAUGGAAUUAUUGUGUGAAAAUGAAAUGAAUUUUGUCAUUUCCAAAUCAAUCAAUAAAUUAAUCGAUCUUAUCAAUCGUAUUUUAUUAUCAUAAACCUUACACUAUAAAUCAAUCGUUUAUGAGAAGAAAGACAUCCCUCUUUCUCUCUGGAAUAUACCGUAUAUAAACGACAAUUUUCAACGGCAAAAUUAAUUUACAACGCAAAAUUCGACGAAUAAAGAUUGUCGAUUGAAUUUUUUUCUCGCUAGUCUAGUUCGUACGGAGCUCAAAAGAUGUCCCCCAAAUAUCAAAUGAAUUCACCAACCGUUUGGCUUGGAGCAUCACGAUCUAUAAAGAUGUCCCAUUCAUUCCUUUAUGUAAUGGAACGUGGUACAUCACCAAUCGAUUGGUGUGAAUUUAAUUAUACGCAUUCACCAUUCAUUGCCGAAUUGAUCAAUACGACUUCCAACAUAUUAUUUUUAAUAUUUCCGCCAAUCCUAUGUCAAUUAUUCAAACAAUAUGCCAAUAAUAUUGAUCGUGGAAUCUAUAUUAUUUGGACAUUAUUUGCCGUUGUCGGUAUUUGUUCAGCAUAUUUUCAUGCAACACUUAGUCUUCUUGGACAAUUAUUGGAUGAAUUAGCUAUACUUUGGUUAUUAGCAUUUGCAUUUGGAAUGUGGUUACCGCGACAAUAUUAUCCGAAAUGGAUCAAUAAUGAUAGGAAAAAAUUCAAAAAAGUUAUGAUGCUUAUUAGUGUGGUUGCAUCGUUCGCUGCAUUCAUCUAUCCAUGGAUCAAUAGUUUUGCAUUGAUGACAUUAGGAAUACCAACAUUUUUCCUUUUAACAAAAGAGAUACGUAGAUGUCGUAUACAAAGGAUUCGUCGAUUAGGAUGGCGUUGUUGUAUUUGUUACACUGCUGCUGCUGUUAGUUGGAUAUUGGAUCGUAUCUUUUGUGAUAUAUGGUCAGCAUAUAAUCUACCAUAUUUACAUGGUGUUUGGCAUAUAAUGAUUGCCAUUGCAUCAUAUACUGUUUGUGUAUUAUUUGCCUAUUUUGAUGCUAUUCAUAAUUAUGAAGAUUUGUUACCGGUGAUGAAAUUUUGGCCACAAGAUAAAGAAUAUGGUAUACCAUAUAUUGAAUUGAAAAAUGCUGCAUGAGGUGAAUGAAAUGAAAUGAAACCAACAAACACACCUAUUACAACCUAAUACAACAAUGGCAACAAUCACAACGAGAUUGAAAAUGACAAUCAACGAUAAUAAUAAGAUAAGAUUAAUUUAAUUAAUUAAUUAAUAUUAAUAUAACUUGUAACUUAUUAUAUUCUAGUCUGCAAUUUGUUUAUUCAUUUAUUAUCAAUUCUCUUCAUAAAUAUUAAGAUAUUAUUAUUAUUAGAAUCAAA